UUUACCUUUUCCAACAUUUUUUUUUUGGUUUUCUCUUUUCCUUUCUAGAAACAAAUGUACUCCUAUUACAUGGUACUCCCUCCAUUCCUUUUUGUUCUUCCCAUUUCCUUUUUUAGCAUUUCUUUUUGUUCUUCCCCUACUGAAUCUUUACUAUUUUUGGCCAUAGUUUUUUUACCAAUUUACCCUAAGAUUCCCCACUAUUUACAAAAAAUACCCUAAGAUUCUACCCUUUCCCACCCACUUUUACCCCACCCACCUUAUUUAAUUAAUUAACCUAACCCUACCCCCCCUCCCUUUAUUACCCGUCCCUAUCUCACAAUCCCUCCCUCACCUCUCAUUCUGAUUUCUCUCUCUCACCUCUUCGGAUCUCUCUCUCUCUCUUAUUUCACUCUCUCUCUCUCUUAAAAUUCCUCCCCUGUUCUUGAGAAAACCCUAGGUUUUCCGCCUCUGAUCUGGGUUUUCCUCUCCAAAUCUCGCAAAUCUGAAACGUUUUCGCAGAAAAACGUUCAUAAAAAUUACUCGGAAUCAUUUUCCGAUCAGAUCCCCUCUAUUUUUGUCCCCUUUUUGGUCCCUAAUCGUCGCUGAUCUCUGUUUUUCUGGUACUUUAUGGGUUCUUCUUUGUCUAGAACUCGAGGUGAUUCUGGGGUGGGAACUUCUGGUCAAAGAAUCCCCGAUUCCAACUGUGAUUGGGGAUCCAAGUGCAACUGUCCCAAUAACGAGCAUUCCUACUCCGCCGAAUAUAAAAACAAUCUGUAUUUGGCCCAAAAAGAAAAUACGAGUACUCGAAACUAUUUGGAAGAAUGGUUUCGGAAGAGGGAAGUGGAGCCAGGAGAGGAGGUUGAGUCAAAAUAUGACGAUCGGAAACCCACUCCCUCAGAUCUGCGUUUUUUCGGUGAAGGAGAUUCCGAUGAGGAACCAAGUGGGUCUGAUUCAUUUGAUCUGGUGUAUGUUGGAGAGUGUGAAAAUGAGAAUGGUGAUGCUGUUGGGUCUCCAGGACAACUUUCAUCUGGUUAUCCCUCCUCAAAGAAAGGAGGGAAGGGAAAAAAAUCGGCUUCAGCGUCUGAUGAUGCUUAGAUAAGUCUGUCUCCUUUCUCCCUUUUUUCAUUUUAUUGAAUGCUGGCUAGCUGUGGAGUCAUAAGGUGGAUGCCAACAACUGUGAUCUGUUGUUGGCCAGGGGUGUUGUUGUUUGGAUGAUGAUGUUGUGAUUAGUUGUAUGGAUGUUGAUGUUAGAUAAUGAUGUUAUGAAAUUGAUAUUGAUAAUGAUGAUUGGAUGAUGGUGUUUCCAUAUGGUUAUGAAAUUUUGUGGAAUGUUGUCUGUGUGAUGAACAUGAUUUGAUGGCUUAAUGUCCCCUGUUUUAUGGUAUGUUUUGUGUAUGAUAAAUAUGAUGCUUUGGUGAGUAUGAGAUUUGAUCAGUAUAACUAUGUUUUGGAUUAGUAAAGGCAUGAAAUGAAUAUAAUUUGGGGAUAGGGUUUGAGUUAUUUCAGUCCUCUCAGUGUGGCCUGGUGUUGAAUGCUUAAUGUCCAAGCAUGUCCCUUUAGGAUACAAUAAUGUCCCUUUAUUUAUUGUGAUCGAUGAUGAGUCUUUUUUUUGCUGAGGAACAAGUCCAACUAACCACAAAUGCUCGUGCUGCCAUUAGUAUCAGUAAUGAUAUUUCUCGGGCGCUAAGUGUUUGUGGUUUGGAGUUGUUUUAAUGAUGCUUGGGGACAUUCUGAGAUCAAUAUUAGGAGGUUUGUGAUCUUCAAUGAUGUGAUUGUUGAUAUUCUGAGAUCUUUGUUUUGAUAAUUGUCCUUUAACUUCUUUUGUCGAACGGAGUGAAUGUCAUUUCACACAAUGGAAUGUGAAUAUCAAUCAUUCCAUUCGGCAGAAGAAUGUUAAAGAUAUGAUAGUAUUGAAACUACUUGAUCAAUGAUGUGUGUCAAUAUGUCUGAGAAAUGAAACCCUACAUGUUAAUGAUCUGUUUAAUGCUUCAUGUCCCAUGAAUCAGUGGAGGUCUGUGAUGAGUCUUUCAUUUGAUGAGGUUCAAACCCUAUGCUUUGAUCAGUUCAUGGUGAUCUGAUGCAUUGUUGAUUGUUAUUGUUAUGCUUGAUCUGUGAUGAGUCUUUCAUUUGCUGAGACUCAAACCCAAUGUUCCAAUAACACUUGUGCACCAUUAGCAUCAUUGAUGCUCUUCCGGAGCUAAGUGUUAGGGGAUAGGGUUUGUGUCAAUGAUGCUUGGGGACAUUCUGAGAUCUUAUGUCAGGUUAGACAGGAGAGGCAAUUCAUGUAUUGCAAAACAUGUAUAAUGUGUUUCUGAUAUUCAAUGAUGUUAGUGUUUCUGAUCUGUGAUGUAUGUGUUGAUAACCUGAGAUAUUUGAUUCUAAACAUGUCCCUCACCACCAAUCACCAAAGGGAAUACAGAUCAUGUCACAUCAUUGAUUGAUCUAGUAUCCCCUUUGGUGAAUUGGUGGUGAGGUUGUAAAUCAUUUAGAAACAAAUCUGUCAAUGAUGUAAAACAACUUAACUGAGAGUCAAUGAUGUUGCCUUGUUCAUUGCUUCCUUGUUUUUGCUGCUUUGUUCUUGUUUCUUUGUCCAUUACAUCUUUUGGCACAUCGGCAUCCAAUGGAGAAGAAUUUCCAUCUGAAAAUGAUGUGAUAUGCAUUCUUUCCAUUUGGAUGCCGAUGUGUUUAGAGAUGUGAUGUGAUAAAGUUUUUGUACUUAUGCCUUGUGAUCUGUGAUGA